AUGGACGUGUCCAAGCUUUCCAUUGAAGAUGAUCCUGUCACCCACAAGAAAACUAUUAACAAUAGAUAUCGGAUAGUCCGCAAAGUUGGAGAGGGCCAAUUUGGAAAGGUGCUCUUAGCAUUAGACACCACCAAUAAGGAGGAUGUAGCUAUCAAAACUAUUAAUCGAAUAGACAAAAAGAAGCUUAUCACCAAGACCUACCUCAAUCAGGCGACAAAAAUCAAACGCGAGAUACAGAUCAUGAAAGAAUGCUCACAUCCCAACGUGGUGAAACUCUUUUCUGUGAUUGAUGAUUUGAAAUACGAUAAAAUUCUUCUUGUACUUGAAUAUUGCCAAUACGGGGAGAUUGACUGGAAGCGAUAUAACCAUUAUAAUGAAAAAUACUUCAAAGAAGAUGGACUCACAUUGAACCGCAUACUACGUGAUGUAGUCAAUGGAUUGGAUUACCUUCACAAUUACAAACGCAUUAUACACAGAGACCUCAAGCCGUCCAAUCUACUUAUCAGUAGAGACCGAACCAUCAAGAUCUCUGAUUUUGGGGUUAGUUUGAUUUUGGAGAACAACGCAAAUGACCAAAAAGAGUUAGGUAAGACCAUGGGGACGCCGGCGUUCUAUGCACCUGAACUCUGUCAAUUUGUCAAUAAUAGACUCUCGAUGAUUGAAGAUAUCAGCAAGUCCAAAACUCGAAUAGAUCUGCGAAUAGAUAUUUGGUCCUUGGGUGUUGUGUUAUAUUGUCUUGAGUUUCAUGAACUACCAUUCAAUGGUUUCAACGAGUACGGAUUGUUCAAAAACAUAGUUAACAAGACACUCACGUUUCCUCCCACGAAGCACGUGAAGCGGACUACCGACGAGGAUGUUAAAGAACUAGACUACCUCAAAGACUUGAUAACGAAAUUAUUGAUGAAAGAUCCAAACCAAAGAAUCACGAUAGAUGAGAUCAAACUGCACCCCUUUAUAUUGUACGACUUGAACCCCCAGCAGGUUGAAGAGUUCAAAAACUUUAAUAGAAGCACCGUCAAGAAGACACAUGAAGGACUUACGAAUAAGAUUCGGAAAUUGUUCGUGGGCAAGGCUCCGCCAAAAGCUGAAAAAACCGAAUCAUACCUAGCACUGGAGAAUCUCGAACCUGUUGACGAGCUUUUGGAUUCUUAUUUAGAUUCGUCGUCGGAAAGUGAGUAUGAAGAAGAAGGUGAACAGGUUGAAUCGAUCAGAAAGCUGCCUCCACCUUUGGAGCUCAUACCGCCUUCUACACUUGGUGAAUCUGGGUCAGGUCUGAGAAGCAACAGAAGUUCAAGCCUGAGCAACUCUUUUGCUUCUAGUCCAGUCACCGUGGGUGCAGCAUCACCUUCUUCGCAGCUGUCACUUUUCAGUCCUUCAAAGAGGUUUUUCUCAAGACGACAAAAAAGCAAAAAAGCUGAACCUCCCCAACCCACCAUCAGUUCACUCUCGAGUCCUACUUCCGACAACUAUACUAUGGAACCUCCCGCAGUAUUUGGAUCGAACAAUCUGUCGUCUUCGUGUUCUCGCAAAAACUCAAUGAUUUCACAGCGGUCAGGAGGAGGCUUGAGUCGAAUCACCAGCUCCAAUUCGUCGUUAAAUUUGAACAUGUACUUAACUGACGACACCUUGUCACUACACACAUCCAGUGGUGGAAGCAGAGCAAGCAGAGAUAGUGGGGCUAGCAGAAAUAGUAUAAGCGGAGCGGACGACACCAUGAGCAACCCCGAUGAUACUCUCACCUAUGAAGAUCGUUUGCCUGAGGUGGGUCGUCAUUUCGACAUGAGCCGGUACUUGGACCUGCUUGAUGGAGGCAUCAGCAAUUAG